UUCUCAGAAGAAGAUUAGUUUCAUGUCCUGUCCUUGACUCGUGUCAAAAUGUUAUUAAAAAAAUCAGAAAUGUCAACCAUAUAAACAUAAACAAUAACAUGAACUCAACAAAUAGUAUCUAAUGUUAUUAAUCACUGCUGAAUUAUUCAUAAUAAAUGGAACGUAAAACACAGAUUCCAGCGUUAUCUCUUAGAUAGGUAAUCGCCUAGUUAUUUAUUGCUUGUUUACCAUCAAUUUAAUUCAGUACAACCGAAAAUGUUCCUGUUACUUGCACUUUUCUCCAUCUGUAUCAACUUCAUCAAUGCUGAUAUACUGUAUUAUCAGCCAGAACAAAUUCACAUAGCGUACGGUGAUAAUAUUUAUGAAAUAGUGGUUACCUGGUCCACAUUCAAUGGCACAGAAAAAUCUUCUGUUGAAUAUGGAAUUGGGGGGUUGAUUCUGAGGGAAGAGGGUACUUCUAAGCUGUUUGUGGAUGGGGGUGCUGCCAAACAUUCUCAGUACAUACACAGGGUUACACUGAAGAAUCUAACACCAGAUAGCAGAUAUGUGUAUCAUUGUGGUAGUGACCAAGGCUGGUCGAAUUUAUUUUAUUUCAAAACAGCACCUGACAGAGCUGACUGGCAGCCACAUUUAGCUAUCUAUGGGGACAUGGGCAAUGAAAAUGCUCAGUCUCUUGUUAGAUUACAGGAGGAGACACAAAGGGGGAUGUAUGAUGCUAUUUUGCAUGUUGGAGAUUUUGCCUAUGAUAUGGAUUCUAACAAUGCAGAAGUGGGAGAUGCUUUCAUGAGACAAAUCGAAUCAAUUGCAGCUUACGUCCCGUAUAUGACUUGCCCAGGCAAUCACGAGGAAUCCUACAACUUCAGCAAUUACCGCGAAAGAUUCAGCAUGCCAGGCGGCACGGAAUCUUAUAUGUACAGCAUCAACAUAGGCCCCUUGCACGUCAUCUCGAUAUCCACGGAACUUUACUAUUUCCUCAACUACGGCAUCAAACCUCUCGUAUUCCAAUACGAGUGGCUGGAAAACGAUCUGAUAACCGCCAACUUACCCGAAAAUCGAGAAAAACAACCCUGGAUCAUCGUCAUGGGACACAGACCCAUGUACUGCUCAAACACCGACCUCGACGACUGCACUCACCACGAGACCCUCACCAGGGUGGGCCUGCCCUUUUUGCACUUCUUCGGCCUCGAAGACCUCCUCUACAACUACGGCGUCGACCUCGAGAUCUGGGCGCACGAGCAUUCGUACGAACGCCUAUGGCCCAUAUAUAAUUACGUCGUGUAUAAUGGUAGUUAUGAGCGGCCAUAUGUUAAUCCUGGGGCUCCCGUCCAGUUCACUACGGGCUCAGCGGGAUGCAAAGAGGGCAGAGACAAUUUUGUGAAACCCACCCCAGCCUGGUCCGCGUUCAGAAGUAGCGACUACGGCUACACCAGACUGAAAGCCUACAACGCCACCCACUUGCACCUCGAGCAGGUUUCGGAUGACAAGAGUGGCGCUGUCAUCGACGCCUUCUGGCUGGUCAAGGACGUCCAUGGGCCGUACGCCAGGUCGAAGAUGGACUGGGGCAAGGUGGACGAAAUGCGGCUGAAUAAUUUCAAAGGUUGAUUUUUGUAUCUUGCCUGUGUCUAGCCAUUUUCCAGUAUUGAUAAUAGUUGAAUGGCACAGUAGGAAAAUCGAGGAGAAGCAACACAAUAGAUCCAGGAAGAUAUUGAACUAUUUAGUUUUAGGUCUUAGAUCACUCUUUAGAUAUUCACUUUGUGAGUGUUAUUGAGCAAAACAACAAACAUCAACUUGUUACCAAAGAAGAAAUAAAGAUAAUCUUGAAAAAUCAAAUGGAG